CAACGCACCUCUUGCUUUUUCCUCCAAAGUAUGUUAUAUUAAGUUUCGUGAAGCAUCGAGUGUUGGUGUGGCCCAGCAUCUAACUAACACGGUUUUUAUUGACAGAGCUUUGAUAGUUGUACCCUGUGCAGAAGAUGACUAGACUGGCCAAGGCAGACCUGUUACACUUGCCUGAGUUAGGCAUUGUUUGCCAUGCCACUAAACCUGCCGCCAAGUGAAACCUUCAUGGGGGAAAUGAGAUCGAAGUCUGACCUGCUGAAGAUGGACGCCCUGUCUCUGUUUUUAUUUUAUUUUGCUUUCUUUCCUUUGUUUCUUUUAUUUUUAUUUUAUUUUGUCCCUUUUUUGUUUUGUUCUGUUAAAUCUCUUUCCCUUGUACUUGUGAACUGGUACUUCAGUUCUGUAAAAUGAUGUCUGUAAAGGGUUCACAGUGUUUGAUUUUGAAGUUGACCUGGAGCUGCUUAUGAAUGGUGGAUGGUAUACAGAGAAUUUAGAAUAUGAUUAGUUUUUAAUGCUCUGAAUUAAGGAUAAAUUUGAUUUGGAAUUCUUUUAAGUAUCUAAAUUCAACAGAUGACUACAUUGUGUCAAAAGACAGAAGAAGUGAAAAAUUUAUCAGUUCCAAGAUAUAUUCUUCCAUAUGUUGCAUUUUUUAAGUUUAUAUUGGAAGAGGACAGUUAAAACUAUUACUUCUGGAGAAAGCAACUUUAGAAAGUAAAGCCAUAAUAUUUCUCUGCUAUUUUUCCUCAGCAGAGUGUUUUAUUUUGUUUCACCAGCUAUUUAAAAGAAGGCUUACUUUAUGUCCAACAUGAUGAUAUAAACUAAUUAUUUCUGAAAUUGCACUUUUAUGAAUAUUGAAUGUCAUGAAAUAUUUGUUUGCUUCUGAUGAAAUCUUGCUCCAAUGAGGUCAGUGGUAGUAAGAUUUCAUCCUUCUUUUUCCCUGUAACUUUCAGAAAAAACUAUUUACCACUCAUAAGUACAAUUGCAGCCUGAAGUUUUGGUUGGAGUGUGUUAUGUGAGACAUUGUCUUUUAACACUGUUACUUGUGGAAGAUUGAAUCAAUUCUCUUUGUGUGUGUGUGUGUGUGUGUGUUGCACUUUGACAUGCUCUAGUGGUGAUUAUUUCAGGAAGAGGUUUAAAAAAAAAAACUGAAGAAAAAAAAAAAAGUGUUUUUCCAGUCAUCUCAGAGUCUCAGAAGCCCUGGCAGCUCAUGCUGGAGUGAUUGAGAUGGUUCUCAUCCCUAAAGGAUGUUUUUACUUCUCGUGAAACAGAAGCCCUGAAACAGAAGUGGUGGUGGACAAAGUGGUGUGUCUAGUCCUCAGGCAUUGCUUUUCCCAGCCAGCUGCACUGGGAUCUCUUGGUUUCACUCCUUUUACCACAUUCUGCACUGCAGCUGGGAAGAGUUUUGAUUUGUGAUGUUUGUUGGAUUUGGCUGUGACAGUUGUAAUUGCCAGUAGCUGUAAUCUCUUUAUUCCCUUCUGCUAGAUCCAGAAUCCAAACUAAGAUUCAUGAGUUGGAUCUCAUAGAAAUUAUUUUAUUUCUAAGUGUACGUGUUCCAUUGACAUAAAGUAGCAGGAAAAUAAUUAACUUUUUUAAUGUUUAAAGUAGAUUGUGAUCUCUUCAGCAUUUUUAAAACAAGCAAACUCAUUGCAGAAGCAAUUUUGAAUGUGAGGGUUAACUCUACAGGUUCACCACAAAGAGCUGGAAAUUAAUUUCUCUUGAGCACUUGAGAACUAAAAAUACUGUGAUUAGUACUUUUUUGAUGCAGAUUAUUCUGUUUAGUCUUCAGCAUAAUGGGUACUAGUAUGGACUAGGUUGUCUAGGGCUCUUUAGACUAAUGGUACAGAAGAGUAGCAAUCACAACUGUGUCUUUAGGCAACACUGGGGCUAUGUACAUUUCCUCCCAGAUUCUUUUGCAAGGCGAAGAAUCAAAUAAAUGAUCAUAGAAUCUGUAGCUUACUAAGCAGAAGAGCUUAUAAGAAAUCUCUCUAAGGAUGUGGUGUAGGUACAGCAUAUUUAUUUUGACUGCUUCCCUCAUUAGAAAAUAAAUAUCUUCACCUCAUUCUUAUUCAGAUUUUAAAUACCUUGUUCUAAAAAUGAAGGUAUUAUUCUUAAACUAAAUUGUCGUAAACUGUUGCAUCAUAAUGUGCAACAUUUUAAGUGUAUUUAGUGGGCUUGUAUUUCCUUUACAAAUACAAUUAUAGAGGUAAAACUGCAAAAUUUAAAGCUUUUAACUCAUGCAGUUAUUUGGAUUCACAUGUUGAUUUGUUUUUCAAAGCUAUUUAAAGAAUAUGAAGGUAGAUAUUCUAGAUAAUGAAUUUUUUUUUCUUCUUCACGAAGUGUUUUGUAGGAUUUAUUAAAAUUUGACCUGGUCAUAAAAACUGGAAAAGUUAUUUGGAAGAGACAGUGUCUUAGAAUAUACAGGCAAAUUUUCAGGGUUCUGUCUGUAAAUAAAUGAAUCUUUCUUUGUGGUAUGGGACUGACCAGCUUGAUUUUGUAUUUAAAAUGGAACUUAACAUUGUUGAAAGACCAAAGUAUUCUGGAAAUAAUGCUGCAAACUUUACAAUUUACAUAUGCAUGCUGUUCAUUCUGUGAGCUGCUAUAGUGGUGAACUUAACUGAAAUGUUCAGUGGAUUUAUUAGACAAUGUUUCAGCAAGUUAAUGAUUUCAGUUUUUUCAGUGCUAUGAUCCAUAUACUAAAAGUUUAGGCUUCUACUGAAGUCACUUUAUGAACUUGAGUCAUUGUCUUAGUUAUAUGUGCCUAACUGAGCUCCUGUUUAAACGGGCUAAAUGCCUAAGCAUUUUGUAAGUUUAACUGGUUAAGUGUGUAUUGAAUUGGCUGUAUGUAAGUGCAUACUUAAAUUAGGCAUAUACUUAUGUACAGUAGUGACCAAGGAUCUCAGUUAGCAUGCAGGCACACCACUAUAAGAGCCAUUUCUGCCAUUGGAUUUAAUUGUGCCAUGUCUCUUGAUCCAUAGAAACCUGCAUGAGUAGCUGUUUAAUUGCAAGAUGCUCACUGUUCAGGAUAAGUUCUGGUUCAUUAGUAGUUUGAAAAAACUACAAUACUUUGAUAUUCAGAAGAACUGGUACAUAAUUCUAUGCCUAAUUCGCAUGCACAUCUGCUGGAACUGUAUAUUCAAAAGCCUGUUAGUAGGCCUACAUAUUAGGCAGGGUUCACAAAGUGCCUGAUACUUUUGAGCAGUCAGGCAAAUUAGGUACACCUCUCAUUGCAUGCCCGACUUCAAGACGAGAUCUGUUAAGAGUGCUGAACAUUGUGAUGGUGGCUUAAAUUCAUGCAUGUUUUUUAAAAAAGCCCUGGAAAUCAUUAUUGCACAUUUUACUACUAAGUGCUAAUAAUUUUCCAAUUUUUCUCCCUUAGAUAGCAAAAUCAAAUGAUUUCUUACAUGUUAAAGAGCAAGGUGUCUCAAAUUUUAACAUAAAUAAAAAUAAAUGUAAAUAGGAAGCAUGGAAAAAAAUGGGUACCAUUACUUUAUCUUUUCUGUUCCAUUCAUGCUACAUAUAAAUUAAGUUUCAUUUAGAUUUAUUUUGUCAUUUGGUCAUAUCCAGCUGUAACCCAGAGUUUCCUGCAGAUCUGUAGAGCAGGUUUGCAGCACUUGUUUCUUUUCAUAUUUUAAAGUAGUAUGUUUUCUGUAGUGUCAGUUAGAAUUCAUAUUGCUAAACCUGCAUGGUGUUUUGAAACCUUCAAAUUUUCCUUUUUGAUAAGAAUAUAUAUCAGUCUUCAGAUUUUGGAUUUAGAUGUUUUGUAGUUAAAAUGUGCGGUUUGAAUCAAAUCAGUAAACCACUGGCACAGCUUUUUAUAUAUUACUUGACUGUUAAAGCAAGGUUUAAAUAAGAACAUUUACUUUAUUAAUAUCCAUGGGGUAAUACUAAAGGACUCUACCAAAGUUGUUUAGCCUGAUCAAUUAUGAUUUUCUUCAGUCUCAGUAAAUUUAGAGUUAACUUACCAGUUUCAGAUAAACUGAGGUGACUAGAAUGUGAGAGAGUACAAAUCUAAGUUUUUUCUACUCUUCCUUCCUCUACCUUCAACUUCUCUUGUAGUAUGUAUUCUGUGCAGUCACAGUAGUUCAGUAGUUUAUUAUUUUAUGUUUUAUUUAUUUUUACAUUCUAAUUAGGUAGCACCAGAGGAAUAAAGAAAAGCACAAAUUUCAAUCAGCACAUACUUUGGGGUUUUUUUCUUUCUUUUUUCUUUGUUUUAUUUUCUUUUUUUUUCUCUUUUUUUUCUUCGUUUUUUUCUCUUUUUUUUUUUAUUUUGUUUUGGUUUUGUUUUCUUUCUUUUACUGAUUUGGUUAUUUGCCAUUUCUGGGGAUUAAACUUUAAAAAAUGUUCUUCUUUUCUGUAUCUGAUGUUCUGUGUGCUAUUAGUGAUGCAGCCAACACGAACGGUUGUCAUGUGUAAAACAACUUUCGAUCACCGCGAAAACACCGCCCUGGGAAAGCGUCCAUGCUUGAUAUCGUUUGGUUCAUGAACGUUAAGUUUCCAGUACAGGUAAAAUCCCAGAUGAAGCCAAAGCCCUCUCUCUAUUGGCGCCUGCUCCUACUAUGACAAGUCUGAUGCCUGGUGCAGGAUUGCUUCCUAUACCUACACCAACCCCCUUGACUACGCUUGGUGUUUCACUUGGUACUUUAGGGGCUAUACCAGCAGCAGCAUUGGAUCCUAACAUUACAGCACUGGGAGAAAUACCACAACCACCAAUUAUGGGAAAUGUGGAUCCAUCCAAAAUUGAUGAAAUCAGGAGAACAGUCUAUGUUGGAAACUUGAAUUCCCAGACUACAACAGCAGAUCAGCUGCUUGAAUUCUUUAAGCAAGUUGGAGAAGUCAAGUUUGUGCGAAUGGCAGGUGAUGAGACACAACCAACACGAUUUGCUUUUGUGGAAUUUGCAGACCAAAAUUCUGUACCUCGAGCUCUUGCCUUUAAUGGAGUUAUGUUUGGAGACCGGCCACUGAAGAUAAAUCACUCCAAUAAUGCAAUAGUGAAGCCUCCUGAAAUGACACCACAAGCUGCUGCCAAGGAGCUAGAAGAAGUGAUGAAGAGAGUAAGGGAAGCCCAGUCUUUUAUAUCUGCUGCUAUUGAGCCAGAGUCUGGAAAGAGCAGUGAAAGAAAAGGCGGUCGAUCUCGUUCCCAUUCUCGUUCAGAAUCCAGGUCUAGCUCAAAAUCCCGAUCUAGGAGGAAAAGAUCACACUCAAAACACAGAAGUAGAUCUGGCAACAGGUCUCUCUCAAGACACAAGGACAGACGCAGAUCCAGAAGUCCCCUGAAAAAACGAUCUAGAUCUACAGAAAGACGGAAAUCAAGAAGUCGCUCUCGUUCUCGGGACAAGAAAAGAGACAAGGAAAAGAUCAAGGAAAAAGAAAAGGCCAAAGAAAAAGACAGAGACCGAGACAAGGAGAAGGAUAGGGAUCGAGACAAAGACAGGGAGAGAGAGCGAGAUAAAGAGAGAAAUAGGGAAAAGGACAAAGAGAGAGAUAAAGAGCGAAGCAAAGAUAGAGAGAGAGCCCGAGACAAAGACAGGGACAAGGAUAAAGAUAGGGACCGGGAAAAGGAAAAAGACAAAGACAAGGAAAAAGACAAGGAAGAGGUAGAUCAGAACAAAGAAAAAGAAGAUGCUGAGAAAGAAGGAGAGAAGGACAGAGAGAAGAUUAAGGACAAGGAGGGAGAUAAAGACAAAGGAGGGGACAAAGAAAAGGACAGAGACAAAGAGAAGGAAAAAGAUGGGGAUAAGGAGAAGGAGCGAGAAAAAGAGAGAGAUGAUAAAAAGAAGAAAGAUAAGAGAUCCAGAACACCCCCAAGAAGCUAUAGCUCUUCAAGAAGAUCUCGUAGCUCCAGCAGAGAAAGGCGUAAAAGGAAGAGCAGAAGUCCCUCCAAAUCUCCUAAAACAUCAAAAACAGCAAAAAGAAAGUCUUCACGAAGUCCUUCUCCAAGAAGAAACAAGAAAGAAAAAAAAAGAGAAAGAGAUACAAACAAUGAAAGAAGAGAAAGAGAACGCUCCACUUCCAAGAAAAAAAGUAGUAAAGAAAAAGAGGGAAAGGAGAAAUCUGACAAAAGCACCACUGCUUUUAAGGACAAAGAUAACAAUAAAGAAGACCAGAAUUCGGAAACUGACAAGGAAGUAGAAAAUAGAGAUACACAAAGGACAGAUGAAGUCAAGCUACAACAGAACGGGAACUGUCAACCAGAUGAAGAAAACCUCUCAAUUAAAAUGGAAGAGGUUUAAUGCAAAGAAUGGACUUCUAAUUCAACUAAGGAAUGAAAUCCAAAGCAUUUUAUUUCCCAGAAUGAGGAAGAAAAUGUCAAAGCAAUCAACCUGAAUGUGUUGAUAGUACUAGUAGCUCCUCCAAUUCUUGUGAUAGCUUUGUUGUCUUCUUGCUGUAAAGCAAGAGAGCACAGACCAGUAGCUAAUACCAUGAAAAGGCAGAUGCCAUCAGAACUAUUCAUCUCUGAAAAUCCAUGCAUUUCCAUGAUGGCUGUACUUGUAAAAUGAUUUAUGUUAAGUUUUACUAUAAGCUGUUACAAAUAACUAGGAACUGAAAGAUGUAAACCUGUACUUCCCCAAAAAAGCUGAAGAUAUGCAUUGAAGGUUGUUUAAAAUAUUGCUUGUUGAUGCCUUUUCUAUUGUUUUGCCCUGUAGGUUAAAAAAUCCACAAAAACUUUAAUGUGUGCUGUUUGAUGUGCUUGAAAAUGGUGCAUAAAUAUACACACUUUCUUUCCUUGUAAAUGACAACUGUAGGGAAAGGGGGUUUAAGCAUAAACACGGUUUUACUGUUCUUAUGUUAAAUACUCACAGAUUAAUGUUUUUCAUUUGCUCACUGCUUGAGAUUCUUAGGGUUUCUUAUUUAAAAUAAUUUCUUACUAAUACCCCUGAAAUUCAUAUUUCUUUUAAGGUAUUUGAACAGUGCAUGCGCUUUUUCUGUUCUUAAAAGGAAUGUUGUCAUGUUGUAGAUGUUAGGUUACCUUACAGGGUUAUUUUGGAGUUGUUUUGUUUUGUUGUUUUCUUUGUCCUUAGAGAAGUGAGCACGUCUAUAUGACAAUACCAGAAUUUACAGCUUUGUUUUGCAAUGUACUGCAGUGUGUCUGUUCAGCUAAAAAUAGUACAGGUGCCAUUAAGAAAAUAAUUUUUUCCUUUUUGUUAAAAAAAUAUGGGAGCACAAGCAGAAGCUUUAGUGCCUUCUUAAAAUGUGGUAUUUUCUAGAAAUGUAUAUGUGCUGUUACACAUUUUCAGCUAAAUCUUACAUGAUCUCUCUUGCUACUUUGCCACCACCAUACUGUAGACAAAAAUGCAAGUGACUUGCCAGAAUGGUUGUUUGAUUCACUUGUUAAAAUACUGAAGCUCCAUUUUACUUUUAUUUUUUAUUCUUAGAAGAGAUUUUUGAGUAAGAGAAAAGAUUUCAUUUGGGGACCACCACUGUACAAAGUAAUAGCUGAAUACAAAGUGUGCUCUGAUCACCUGCAUCAAAGAAAGCCCUUAAAACAUUUAAUAUACAUUUGGAUGGCCUUAAUUGUUACCUCUGUGUUAUUUUCUCUGAUACCUGUUGGGGGAUAUAAAAGGAAUGACAUGCAAAGAAAUGGGGGAUAAAUAAUUUGAGGAAGAAGGUUCUAAUUUACACAGGGCUUACAUAAUAGAGAUUCUUUUAUCAUUUCUUGUGGAGAAAGCAUACAAGAAGGGAGUGAUGAAACAAGUGUUUUUGUCAUGGCAAAACAUGGCUUUUGUCUUCUGGAGUAAUUUAAUUGGUUACAUGAGAUUUCUGAUAAGUUACACUUCUAAGACAUAAUUAUACCUAAAAUCGCGUAGAUUAUUUUUAUUACUACUAUUUUAAUGCAAUCAAAUUACUUAAUUGCCUUACCUCAUGGGAAGUGUUAUUUCUUUCAGUUAAAAUAAAAAACUACAUGUGUUGGCUAUUUGCUUUUUACUUGUUUUACUUUUCUUCUGCAUAGUUUAUUUUUUUCAGUGGAAGGGAAGCAUAUUACAGGGAAUGAAAACUGCCCAAUUGCGAAGGUAAUGAAAUCCAAUUUGAUUGUGAAGCUGCUUAAUCACUCCCAAUUUUUUAUAAGAUUUUAUGUUCUUGCCACUGUGUACAUUUAAGACAACAGAAAAUGCUUUACCAUGUAAAGUAUAGAACAGCCAUUUUUGUGAUGUAUAAGCCACAUGCUAUUGGCUGGUAAACAGCUAAUUCUGAUAAAAGAAUUAAAAAAUCUGUAUGCUUACAGGAAGACUGUGAAAGAUUGUGUCUUGCAACAACAGCUGUCUUAUUUAUGAUGUGUAAGUAGCAUAGAGCAAAGAGAUUGUUUGUAUACUUGUUAUCUUUGGUACCAUUUCACUAAUAAAAUAAGUAUUUUAGAGGGAUGUUUCUGCUGGUACAUACUUAUUAAAGGAAUAUUUUUAGACCAUCUGGUCUUACUCAUAAUGCAUCUUUCAUUUGAAAUGAAGAAAUUAGUGAAAACAUACAUGUAUUAUUUAUGUUUCCAUUGAAAAGCUAAAUUUCUCUGUUGGAAAGAACUCUAAUUCGUUCAGUGUAUCCUGUUUUAGCUGGUAGUAGUUUGGUUUCUUGGGUUUUGUUGCCCUGAAAUAGUAUAGCUCUAUGACGUAUCAGUUAUAAAAUAUUUAAAGGAUUGCAUACACUUAGCUGAGAAACAUGCAUUUGGAAGUUAAUAGUUACGGAUGGCAGCCUUAAUUUACUAGCUAGCUUAUCACAUGUGUGAAGCUGUAUACAGCAUGUUAUAUAUUGUAUCUUGGGGUUCUUAGGAUUUUUGUUAAGGAAAAACCAGCAACCAGCCACCAAAUAUACAGAUUUCCUCCCGUCCUCAAGUCAUACUUUCUUGCAAAUACUGUAUUUUCUGGUUUUGUUUUGUAAAUACUGUGUGGAUCUGUGAGGUAGUUAACAAUCUGUCUUACCAAGUGUUCCUAAAAAGCCACUCCUGGAGAGCUAUUACUCAAUAAAAAUGCUUAUUUCUGCAGAGAGUAGCACACUUAUAAACUGGUAGCAUGGCACAGUAAUGAAGUCCUGCUCCUACAGGAUUGGGUGGAUCAUCCACUGAAUGUGUCCAUCUUCCAUGACAAGUCCAUUGCCUUCAUCGUUAGCAAGCUUGUGUGCUGUGCUACUGCAUCAGACCAUUUGGUUUUGCAGUUUGUAAAUGGGAUUAACUUGGGCAGAGGUUUUGAGAAGUGUUGUUUAUGAUAGCUGUGUUGUUUUACAUGUAGUUUCAUCUGAAUCAGCCCUUACUUGAGAGUGUAAAUUACUCAGAAGAGUUUUAUAUGUUGCCAUUUUGCUAAGAUCACAUAAAGCGCAUAAACAUAACUUUCCAUUAGUGCCCAUAGCUAUUUUCUCAAGAUGGUCCUGGAUAGCAGACAGGAUUUUUCUUUGCAUUCUGAAAGAAGAAGGUAGCAGAAGAGAACUGCUUGAUGGAUCAAGCAGGAUAUCAAAUUCAAAAUAGAGGUGUCUAUGGCUUAAAUGAUUGCAUCAGAGUCAAUGGAUUCACACAGGUGUGAGGCAUGGAAUUUUAUUUGCAAACACCAGCAGUAGUAUGUUAUGUAAAGAAUGCUUAGUUGGAAUUGGAAUUAGGGGUUAUAAAAGCACUUGCUUAGAAACUAGAAAUAUCUGAAAAAUGCUUGGGAAAUGAGUGGGAUGUGGGUUUUGCCUAUUCAGUAAUCACCUGCUAAUUUUUUUGAUGGCAGUUUCACUUAGAUAUGUCUGAACUAGCCUUAUAUUAGUGGGCUGACAGCAGCCUAUACACAGCUUUGAAAUGAGCUGUGGACACUCCAGUGCCAUUUACAGUGUUGGAAUGAAGUUAAAUUUGUAGUCUGCAGUGUGCUUUGCAUUGCUUGCUAGUGUUCUCUGGCCCAGUUACAAGUUAGGCAAUACCUGAAAUUACUUUGAAACUCUUCAGAUCUGUUACAUAGUAGCUUCUCUCUUUUGCCCUUAGCUUGUACUGCUGUCUGUAAUAGAUUAGGGAACACGUGAUUUUUUUUGUUUUGUUUUGCUUUUUUUUGUUGUUGUUUUUGUCUAAGAAAGAGAUAAGUAAAGCCUGCUCUGCAUGUUAUAAAUUAGUGUAUACUUAUUGCCAGUCCUUAUUUAGUUAUUUUUCAUUUAUGAGUAUGACCCUUGCAAACAGUAAUGCCAUAAUGGUGUGUGUGUUGUCUACUUCUAGGUCUGAAGCAUCUCUGCAUUGCUUUCGUAGUGAAACAAGAUCAGAGUUCAUGUAUUGUUAGAGAAAAAAAAAUCCAGACAAAAUAAUCUUGAAUUUUAUAGAUGUUAGUGUGAUAAUAGUAUUAUAGUGGUAAAAACAAUCAGAGAUGUGAAUUCUGAAUCAUUAUCUGGGGCAUAUGCUACUUGGUACUUUCCAUUUUAUAGCAAUCAAAUAUCAUCUUUGAUGUUACCAUAAUUUUGAAAGUGAAAAUUUGAUGUAGUGGCAUAAACACUGAAAUCUGUAAAUGGCUAAAAUCAUGUCAAUGUGUAGACAUUUAGUUCAGAGAGAUGUAGUUUUCUCACCAGAGGCUGGAGUAUGGAGAAUUGAAUACAUGUAGAUAUCAUUAGGUGUUAGUGCCUAAAGAGAAUCUGAAAUUUAAUUUUGUUUGCUAAUACAUAAACAGGCAUUUUCAGCUUGUAGUUUAGCUUAUUUUUAUAUGUUGAAAAGUGUAAUUAAAAAUAUAUUGAAAACUAAAAGCACCAUACAAAAGGAUUUUUUUUUUAAUGUAAGAGAACCACACUUUCAUCUGUUUAAUUUUAGAUUUAAAACAUGUCAUGGCAUGCAGUGUUUAUUUUUAAUUCAGGACUGCCUCAUCUUUAGCUAAGUCCUACUGCAAGAUAUGAACGUGUUAGCACAAGGGUUUCUUUUGUAUUCUCUUCAAUGUAAUACAGUUUAAUAAACUUCUCAAUAUGUGGAUGCAGCUACUUUCCCUCUGGUCUGAGGAAAUGCAGCUGUUAAUACUUUAAUUAUGUUUUAUUCAAGUAAACAAAACAUACUACAGUUGAGAGGCUAUCUACCAACUUCAGUGAUUGUUUCCUGAACAUGUGAACUCUUACUAUCUAAGAGGACAAAAUUUUUUUUCAUUGUCAUGACAAGUCAGUUUUAAGAUUGUUGAGCAUUAUAUGGGAGAACAUGGAUAGCAAAAAUUAGUAUUUAGCUCUUUGUACUGUUCUGGAAAGUUUCAACUUACACUUCAUUUUUUAAUUUGUUACAUUUUAUUAUGUUCAUCUAGUGCUAAAUUUGAUGUGAGAUCAGAAUUUUUUGGUGUACAAAGUGUAUUCUAUACUAGUUAUUAAUGAAAUUAUUCUUUUUCCAUUGAAAAGGCUAUAUGUGUCUUUUUUGGCCUGAAAGGCUUAUCAGCAGUGGUAAAAGCAUAAUUUAAUCUCCCUUUCAUGCAGUUAUUGAUAUCCUUAAUGAGGCUGCCAGUUAACUGGCUUAGAAGUUGUUGCUCUGUUCUUUUAGUGCAAAUAUUUAGCUGCUGCACUGAUGAGUAAAUCAUGGGCCACUAAAAAAUUGCUACUAGAAAAGCCACCAUUUACAUAACAAUCAAAGGAAUUACUGAUUUGGCACAGAAAGAUCAAGAGAGGAAUUUAACAUUCACAGAUUAUAUAGCCUAUCAUUGGGUCCUUUAUGGUAUUUUCCCGACUGAUACAGGAGCUGUAUCUUAAUUUGUUACACAUAAGUGGCACCCGUCACAGUCUGGAGUCAGGUAUAUCUGAGGAAACUAAGCACCACAGCAGCAAAAAUACUAUUUUCCUUCUCUAAGUUUGAUAUUUCUGUUAAUAACGUAGGUAUUCUAAGUUAAAUUAACAGGUAACCAAACUUGUGCUAUGUUGGUAGAGUAUAUUUUUGCAUUAAUGAAGCAACUAUGGAAAUUAUACACGUAAAGAAAUGUUAAAUGCUAUUACAUUGUUGUUUUUU